AUGGAAGAGAUUAAUUCAUCGUUAGGCCCCCCCUCCCACACCACCUCCCCCCUCCGCCAAUGCCAACACCCGCGGUGGGACUUUCGCGGCCGUGGAGUUAAGAAGCGAGAGAGGAAGGCUGCGGCCAAGGCCGCCAGAGAUGCUGCUGAGAAGGCGGCAGCCACCCCGGCCACCGUGACCGCCGCAAGCUCCUCUUCGGAGGCUGAAAUCGUCUCCGCCCUCGCCCACCCCCCUCUCUUUCUGUGCGGCGCCGGCUCCGCCGCGCCUGGGGGCAACAAUGCCCCAGGCGAUGAGGUCUCGUUUUCUGCUCCUGUCUGGCCGCCUAACUGGAGUGCGGAGGAUAUUGAAAAUUUCGAGAUCUGGAUGGCUUCCCACGCUCCGCCCCGUUCCCCUUCUCCUGAUCAGGGAGUGAAGAAGGAGUAA